AUGGCCGAAGUCAUGGAUGCCUACUGGCGCGCUCCAGGCCUCGCGAGGACCUUCGCGACCGCUGUCCUGGUAACCUCGAUCGCCGCCCACGUCGUGGGCAUCGUUCCCUACAGCUGGAUCUACUUCCACUACCUGGAGCUCUGGCGGCUGCCUCCCCACGUCUGGCGAUUGGUCACGAGUUUCUGGCUCACUGGUCCCAACAUCGGCAUAGUCUUCGACACAUACUUCGUCUAUCAGUACGCGAGCCAGCUCGAAACUACGCACCCAAAGUUUGGGAGGAAGGAGGAUCUCCUGUGGUACCUGGUCUUCUGCGGCGCAGUCAUCAUUGUGCUCGCGCAAUACUUCCUGGGCAGUGCAUUCUUCCUACAGGCCAUGAUCCUGGCCAUGGCCUACACUGCCACCCAGGACCAGAGGGGCCAGAAGGCUGGUUUCUUCUUCUUCACCGUCCCAGCUCAGCUUGUCCCGCUUUGCAUGAUGGGCGCCACUCUCCUCAUGGCAGGGCCCCACGCCAUGCUGCUCCAGCUGACCGGGCUCGUUGCUGCUCAUCUGCACGACUUCCUCACCAGGCUGUGGCCAGAGUUCUGCGGUGGCACCAACUGGAUCCCCACCCCUGCCUUCUUCUCACACCUGGUCACGACCCCUCGCUUCAUGCGGCGUGAGUACGGCACAGCCAUACGCGCUCCCCAAGGGACGGGGAGCACCACCGGAGCGCAGGGCAGGGGUCCACUUCCCGACUCUUGGAAAACAAGAGGCUCUGGCCACCGUCUGGGGUGA